AUGGAUGAAUUCGCCCAGCUCUCUCGCGAGAACUUCGAAGUCUUUCAGAGGUACGGCGACGCAUCGCUUGGACCUGAUCCCAAGCACCGGGCUAUUGCUAUUUAUGUGUCUCCCAACGCGCCGACGACUUACAUAGAAAAGGACCUAAACCUCGAAAGUCUGCCGAAGUUCUUCAAAGCUCGGCCUAGUAGCGGCAAUAUCGCGCCUCAGGGCACAAGAGCAACACCAUCGGCGGCCUCCCUUAAGCUAAUCGUGAUCGAUAGCAAGUUAGAGUCAUGGUCCAGCUUCUCCUCCUCGCUAUGGGUGACCAAGGACGUCUUCCUCAGUCUCGUCGACUCUAUGAGAAUGAACCCAGCAGCGCUAUGGCUUCUCCGCAGCGAGUACGAUGGCUUCCACCACUUCCCCUCUUCCAGUCCCUCCUCCUCCCCCGAAUCAGAAGAAGGGGAAGAGAAAGGAAACGAGGCGGAAACGGCAGACAUCGACACGUAUUAUAUCGGUACGUCAAACUUCGUACUAACGUGGACCUUCGACCGGCGCCGGCGACACACGCACGCGCUGUGGAUCCUGCGGCAGCAGCACGCGAUCAGCAACCAGAGCGCGCCGGCGGCCUGGUUCGUCAACGUGCUGCGGCGGCACCAGGCGCACGUGUGCUCGCCCGGCCUGCUCGCGUACGCGGCCGCGCUGAGCGUCUGCUGCACCUUCGACGGCGAGAUCUCGUACCGCGCGCACGUGGUCCGGCUCAUCGAGCGGCAGACGGGGUACAGCACGCACUCGAGCAGCAUCGAGGAGCGCAUCGGCAUGGAAUCGCUAACGGUAUCGAUUAAGGAGGUCGGCGAGGUGCUGAACCAUAUCGCGAAUAAACAACGCCAUUUCCGGCUCGUGGGAGGGAUUUUGGAUUUUAUCGCCGAGGAUGCGGUGUUGGGGAUGGGUGUGGGGGGAGCGGAAGCGGAAGGGAGGGAGGAUAGCACGAGGAAAUUGGUCGAGGCGAUUCCGGCGCUGAGGAAGAGGGUGCAUGCUUCGCAGGAGUAUCUGAUGUACUUGAAGGAGAGAGCUGAACGGUUGUCGACGGUGCUCUUCGCGCUUCUAACACACGAAGAUUCGGCGAUACACGCAGAGCUCGCAGACGCCAGUCGCAAGAUAGCCGAGGCGUCCAAGCGCGACAGCUCAAGUAUGAAGACCGUAGCUAUCAUGACGAUGGCGUUCCUACCCGCAACCUUCUUCGCGGCUCUGUUCUCGGUACCUUCGCUCGAUUGGCAUGCCGAUGCCGUUAUCCAGCCCAACUUUUGGGUCUACUGGGCGUUCACGUUGCCCGCUACCGCUCUCGUCUUCGCGCUCUGGCUGCUCCUCGACCGUACGACGAUCAGUAAGCGAGCCGGUAUGGUGGUGACAGAGGGUAGACCCCGGGAUGAUGAGGAGAGGCCGCGUAGUAGUAGGAGUAAGUUUGAAUAA